AUGCUCCCCCGCAUAAUCCCCGGCCUGCUAUCACGCCGCCUCUUCUCCGUCUCGACCAGAAUGGCAUCUACCGCGCGGAUGGAAGAUCUCAUGCGCGACAAGCCUAGCCACUUCAACCCAGACAUGUACCAUGUACUAUUCUAUAUACUAACAAUCAUCCCCUCUAUCCAGCUCACCCACGCAUUCACCCCGUCCACCCUCCUCAUCCGCAACGACUCGCACCUCCACGCACACCACGCCGCAAUGGAAGGAUCUACCUCGAAAGAGACGCAUUUCCAGCUAAUUGUGUUUGUAUGGAACAGCGUGACAAUUAUCUCCGAUGCCUUCGAGUCCAAGAUGCAACCUGCGCGCCACCGGAUGGUUUACGCUUUGUUGAAGGAGGAGAUGGCGAAGGAGGGCGGGAUUCAUGCGUUGCAGUUGAAGACUAAGACGCCGGCGGAGGAGAAGAGGGAGAAGGAGAAGGGGAAGGCUUGA